UCUCUAUAACUCUGCAGAGAGAAACUGAAACCCUAGAGGGAAAAAUCUUAUCAGCUUCAAUGGCGAAAUCGGCGAGAACCAUCAAGAACCCAUUCGUCCCGUCGCAUCCACCAUCUCCAUUCUUCCACUUCUCGCUCCUCUUCUUCUCUCACCCUCCUAAAACAAGCCCCCGGAAACUCAACCACCACCACCGAAGUCGGCGAUGUCCGCGGCUUCCUCCACCGCAGUGUUUCCUCCUCCUCAUCUCACUUAUCGUCACUUUCUUGGGAAUCUCGAUUCUAAUCUCUUCACAAAACCCAAACCCAUCUUGCAUCUCCUCCAUUUCUCCAUCUUCCUCGUCGCCGUCCCCAAAUCCCUACGACUCUCACCUUCUCCUACCCUCUCUCACAAUCUCCAUCGGUUCCGGCGCUGCAAUGGUUCCGUUGCCGGCGAGGGGAGGGCGUUUCGGUAAUUUGACGGAGGAGGAGAGGGAGUUCUGGAAACAGCCCGAUGGAGAAGGGUACAUGCCUUGUUUGGACUUCAGCAUUGAAUACAGGAAGAAAUCGGUCAAGGUUUCGAAAGAGAAGAAGAGAUUCCUCGUUGUGGUAGCUUCGGGAGGACUGAAUCAGCAGAGGAAUCAGAUCGUUGACGCCGUCGUGAUCGCUAGGGUUCUUGAAGCUGCUCUUGUCGUCCCCGUGUUGCAGGUGAAUCGUGUCUGGGCAGACGAAAGUGAGUUCUCAGACAUUUUCGACGUGGAACACUUCAAGAAGACUUUAAGAGCUGACGUGCGAGUCGUGUCUUCGCUCCCAUCGACGCAUCUGAUGUCCAGACAGACAAUCGAGAACCAGAUUCCACGGGACGUUUCUCCCGUUUGGAUUCGUGCCAGAUUCUCCAAACUGCUGAAUGAGGAGGGGCUUCUGGUGUUAAAAGGCUUAGACUCAAGACUCUCCAAGAAUCUUCCUCCAGAUCUGCAGAAGCUUCGGUGCAAGGUCGCUUUCCACGCGUUGAGAUUUUCGACACCCAUUACGGAUAUCGGGAACAAACUCGCAAGGAGAAUGUGGAUAGAGGGUCCGUAUGUAGCCCUCCAUCUAAGGCUGGAGAAGGACGUAUGGGUUAGAACCGGAUGCCUCACCGGACUAGGUUCAGAACAUGAUCAGAUCAUAGCUGAAAACCGGGUGGCUCAGCCUCAGUUCCUCACUGGCAGACUAAACAUGAGCUAUUCAGAGCGUCGGCUUGCGGGAUUCUGUCCUCUGAAUGCCUUUGAGAUGGCAAGGUUGUUGAAGGCAUUGGGGGCACCGAGCAGUGCAGAGAUAUACAUUGCAGGUGGAGAGCCGUUUGGAGGAUCCCGAGCUCUGGAGCCGCUCGUUGAAGAGUUCCCGAACCUCGUGACAAAGGAGACGUUGGCUCAUAAAGGCGAGCUCUCGUCUUACAGCAACAAAUCCUCGGCUCUUGCGGCCAUCGACUACAUCGUUUCCCUGAGCAGCGACGUUUUCGUUCCUUCCCAUGGCGGCAACAUGGCCAGAGCUAUGCAGGGAUACAGGGCAUACACUGGGCAUAGGAAGUUCAUAAUGCCAAACAAAAGGGCGAUACUUCCUCUGAUGGAAGAUGCCUCUGUUACAGAGUCGGAGCUCAGCCGGAUCAUACGGAAGAUUCACCGGAAGUCUCAGGGCCAACCCGAGCAGCGGAAGCGUCGGAUCGACCGGGACGUGGUGGCUUACCCUGUCCCUGAGUGCAUGUGCCUGAACCGGAAGCCCAACAGUACAGCCGCAAUAGAAAACCAAGCAAUUUCAAAAAAAAAAGGAAAAAUCAAGCAAUUUGUUGACCGACUUUGUAUAAAAGAGAAGAGAGCCUCAGCCCUCAGGCAAUUGAAGGUGUAUUUUGCUUUCUUGAGAGAGAGAAGAUUCGCGAGGUGCGUCCCUUGGGAGAUUAUCUGCUCCGGUGAUCGGUUACUGCCGUUUCCAUUCUUCGUCUUGCCUUCCGGUAAGAGCUUCCGGUACCUGUGAUAUUUACCGAAGAGAGGAGGGCGAG